CUUGUUGUGUGUCACUUAAAAAUUUAUAUUCGCAAAAUUCUUGUUAAUUAAGAAAAUGGUGUCAAUUUGUUUAAGUGCAGUGCGUAAAACCUAUUUAAGUAUUGUUGGAUUUAUGGUACCGCUAUUGAGGUUUAUGCUUGCUCAAUAAUUUGUUUUGAUUUCCUUACUAUCCAAGGUUCUGAUUCACGUGAAAUCAAGCUUAGCUACUGAAGUGUAAUACUUUUUAAUCACCACCGGAAAUGAAUUUCGUCAUCAAAGCUAUAAAAUUUCUGGAUCUUGUUAUUCCGCGGGAAAAGCGAAUUGACAUAGCCAGUUCAGCUUUAGAACUUUUUAUUACUCGAAAAAUGCCUGGAACUGCUGUAAAUGCUGUCAUAAUGGAAAGUGCUCAGAAACUGGUAGGAUCCAGGCAACAAUAUAUAGGGGAAUCAGUAGCUUUGAGGUUUGCUAAACUAUCCGAACAUGCGACAGCUCCUACCAGAGGAUCUCCGCUGGCAGCAGGCUUUGAUUUGUACAGGUAGAACUAAAGUACUAGUACCGGUACUAGUCAAUCGCAUAUCUCUGAAUCUGAAGUUAUCGUCACGUGUCUUUUAGUGUUGUUAUCUCAAUGAAAACACGUAUAUUACCAAUUUAUAUAUAAACCCUUUGUCAUAGUCUCCUCUUUGCUUUGUCUUGGGUACAUAAUCAUGACAUAGAUUAUUUAUGGGGCAUGGAAUCACCAACCAUUGAACAUGAUGAUCCCUAGAGCAGAAUUUGUCUCUGACUUUGAUGUUGUUGGUUUUUUUUAAUUAUGAAAUUGGGUAAAUACAAAGAGAGUGAGUUAUUUCAUUUUUACAUGGCCGUCAUCUUGGUUGCCGCGACCCAUGAACUUUUACGUCUAAAAAUGAAAAAGAUAAAAUUUAAUGAACAAAUGUCCACCAGUAUAUAAAUUUCGUGGUGAACGUAGCUACUUUAUUGUAUCCGUCUAGAUAUUUGGCAAGAAGUGCUCAUUUUCCUCACAUAUUUUAGUCAGUACACACACAAAAUAAUUCACUGUCACCAAGACAAACCUAAAAAAUGAACCCUAAAUCUAGCCCUAACCCUGAAACUAGCCCUAAAGCCUCAAGUAAAAAAACAUGUGGGCUGCUGCAGUUACAGUGUAACUUACACACUGUGGCAAGAAAAGUAUAAAAAUAAAAAUGAAGAAAAACAAAUAAAAAUUGUAAAAUAAAUAAUGAAAACCCAACUUACAGUUUCAUAGAAUACAUUUUACACACUUUAUUUCAAGUUCCACCGAAAAGAAUAUCCAGAAAAUGAAUAAAAUAGAAUGCCUGUCCAUGCCAAAUUCAUUUUCAAAUAUGGCAGAAAUAUUAAAAUAUAAUUACCUAACCAAUGAAAUUUUAAGAUUAUAAUUAAUCAAAAAUAUAAUUAAAACAUGCUGCCAUCGUCAUAUUAAGAAAAAUGUAACUAUUAACAAAAAAAUAAGGGGAGUAAAUCCAAAACAGAAACUAACAAAAACACGUAAAUGAUGUCAUGGCGACAUCUCUUUGCAUUAGCCAAGAAUCAUUUGCCGACAUUUUAUAUUUUGAUUUUCACUGCCCCUAACAGGAGAUAGUGUUGAAAAGGGGAGAAAGUCUGUUAUAAAUUUCAAACAGCUGUCAAUGACUUUAUUUAAAACUUGUGAAAUAUUUAUGUUUCUCAUGACCCACUCAUUGAUCUGAUCACUGAUUACAUCUCAUACUAUGGGGCCAUUGAUAAAUAGCGUAUUACAGACAUUAACAGAUUAACUCUAUUAUACAAUUACAGUACCGGAAUAAUAAAUUAUUUUAUUUAUGAAGUACUAUCACUGAGAGAACCUUCUUUAAAAACAAAACAAAAACAUGUAAUCUGGGAUGUCAUUUGCAGUUUCUUUUUGGGGGAGGAUCAGAACCUCCCUGGGAAUACCCCUUACCAUACCCUUUGACAUGCCUGGAAGUAAGGCCCAAACAAAAUUCACCAGAAGAUUUACUGCUAAUGCUAAUCAAAAUACAUGAAGACUGAUUUUUAAGGAGGGUUUUUGCAAGAACUAGCAAUGACCAUUGUGGUGCUAUCACUAUUGUUCUAGGGAAAUGUUUCUACUGAAGGUGCAGCAUUCAUUGGAGGUGAAUUUUGUAAGGGUUUAUAAAGGACAGAGUAGACAGAUGUUUUUUUAAAUUGCGGUUGGGGGGGGGGGCGGGGCAGAGGUUUGUGAUAUUAUUUUAAGGGUUUAUAAAGGACAGAGUAGACAGAUGUUUUUUUAAAUUGCGGUUGGGGGGGGGGGCGGUGCAGAGGUUUGUGAUAUUAUUGGGGGAGGGGUGUCAACUGACUGUCAUAUGUUUAUUUUUUUUAAGAUUGGGGGUGAUGGCAGUGAUGGGGGGGUGGGGGGUUUCAAAAUUUGCAUGACAUCUUAUACCGUUGGGCCUAAUUAAGACUACACUAUACUGCUAGUCUCAUCAGAAUUAAUUAUAAUUUAGCCUAUAGAAAUAUAGGCCUAAGUAAAGUAAGUAAGUAGAGAAUUUGGAAUUUCCUAGCUGUAGCCUGCUUUAGAAUCAACAAAGUCAAGUAAUGAAAAGCAUAAAAUAAAGAGAAUACAUUUUCCAAGAGGUCUAGUCAGUGCUUUUUUUUUUUUUUAACGAAACAAUGUGUGAUACAUUUGUGUGAUUAAAAUAUAUGUGCAUUUAGAUAACUUUAACUUGAAGUAAAAUCUGACAAAAAUAAAAGACAGAAUGCUGGAGUGGCAUUUUCUGUGACAAAAAGGACUGGAUCCUUGUAUAUGCAAUAGCUUACCAUGACUUAAUGAUUAAUGCCACCAAGGUGAAAUCCCAAAUGUGCAUUCCCUAGCCAUAGCACACUCGACAUGAUUUUAUGUUACAUACCUUUAGGUUCACCACUGAGCAAUUGUUUAAAUUAAUUUUUAUUAUUUUUGCCUAUAAGGUAUCACAUGUGUCAAACAAUUACUUUAAAAAUGAAAUAAAUUAUCACAUUAGAGAGGGCCAACAGAAAGACUUUAGGACUGAGGAGGGGAAUAAAAUAUUUACCGGUAUAGUUUAUGUAGGUAAACAAGAUAGGUCAAAUGCCUGAUACUGAUAGGCACCACUCAUCCGCUGAUGACAAACACUUUUUUUUUCUGACUUGUCUUCAGCAUCAGUUUUACAAUUUUAUUUUUAAAAAAAUUUUUUUGCAAAACCAUAGAUACCUAUAACUGUAAUGGAUAAAUGUUAAAUCUAUUUUAUUUUGAUGCUUUUUAUUUAUUUUAAAGUUAAUUAAUUUUUUUCCAGUGCUUACGAUUAUACCAUCCCGUCACGAGGUAAAGAGAUAGUAAAGACAGACAUUCAAAUAGCCCUUCCAGAUGGAUGCUAUGGUAGAGUCGCACCACGUUCCGGUUUGGCUGCCAAACACUUUAUUGAUGUUGGUGCUGGUGUGAUUGACCAAGACUACAGAGGAAAUGUUGGUGUUGUUUUAUUCAACUUCUCAGAGGAAGACUUUAAGGUCAGCAAAGGAGACAGAAUAGCCCAGCUGAUAUGUGAGAGAAUUUAUUUGCCAGAGUUGAAAGAAUUUUCAACACUGGAGGAGACAGAGAGGGGCACUGGUGGCUUCGGAUCUACGGGGAAGAAUUGAUUUGUUUUGCAGAGUUCACUUGAAUUGAUAAAAUGAAACCAUGUGUCACAUCUAAUUCCAUUAACUAUCUAGUUAAUUCUUUUUGCUUCUGUGACAGAACAAUAUUUUUUAUAUGUUAAGCAUAUUCAUUAAUACCAGUAUUUAUAAUUUUUAAGAUUUAGUUCAGCUUUAGUGGUUAAGUCCUUCAUUAGAUGCAAAGUCAGUUUGCUACCGGUACCCUUAUUUUAUCUAUAACUUCUUAUUAAUUUGGGAUAUCAGAUGAAACAUUUUUUUGCCUCAAUACCAAUUUGAUAUUAAAUACUGCCAGGUGCUACUGAUACGCCAUACUGCCACUUUUUUAACAAUAUAGUUGUUUUUUUUCCACGAGUUAUGAUUUACAUUAAACAAAAUUGAUCUGAUUUCCUUUCAUUUAUAUAUCAGUGAUCAGUAAUUAUCAGAACAAUAUUCUUCAUAGAUUUCUAUAAUUUAGCUUAUCACUACUUUUUAGGCAUUUAUUUUAUUUGGUUAAUUAGUCUUAUUAGUUGAUGGGUAUCGAAGUGUCAUUCAUAUUUUUCCCUUGUUUGGCAAAUUGAAUUACCGUACAUAAGUCAUUAUUUUAGUUUUAGAAGAGAAAAAAAAUUAUUUGUUAUCAUGAACAUGAUUCACACAUAAAUAUUGUUUGCUUUUGUUAAAUUAAAAUUAAAUAAAUUAUUUUGUUUGUUCUUUUUUAAUUUAGUCAAAUAUACAUCAGUUUAAUGAAAUAGACCUGAGUUGUAUGUUGCCAGGUUUAUUUGAGCAAACUUUGUGUUUCCAACUCCAGCAUUUUUUAUGGCUGUGGAAGCCAAAUGCCUUUGUACUUAAUCGUACUGAAGCAACGGAUUACAUUGCUGAUCUAU